AUGGUGAAGAAUAAUAAUGUGGCUAGUGGAUCACAAGUUUCGGCUGUAUGGAAUAAUCAGAAUACAACUAUAGUUUGUGACAUGUGUAUCAAGGAAGUGGAGGCAGGCAAUCGUCCUGAACAAUGGAAAAUAUGGAAAGAACUAAUCGGAAAGGAAACUGGUCUUGGGUGGAAUUCCAAACUUAGGACUAUUGAUUCUUCUGAUAAAUGGUGGCAUAACAAAAUUGAGAUAAAUCCCAAAUAUGUAAAAUUAAAUAGAAAGGGUAUUAGUCCUAAUAUGGAAGAGAAGUUUGAUAGAAUGUUCAUGAACACCACCUCUACUGGUGACCAUGCUUGGGCACCUUCAUCUGGUGUACUUUCAACUCAUCUAGUGUACUUCCAAACAAAUUAG